AUGCUGGAUAUGGUACAGUAUCCUACCUUCGACUCGUCAGUGAAAGUGCACUGCAUCAUUGUUGCAAGUAAAGCUCGUGUAGCCCCCCUGAAGACCAUUACAACCCCACUGUUAGAAUUGAAUGCUGCAAGAGUUGCUGUCAGUAUGGACCGUUUGCUGCGGCAAGAACUAGAUCUAUCCUUUGUACACUCAUGGAGAUACGUUGACACCAAGAAUAAUCCAGCUGACUUAGCAUCACAUGGGGUUCGGAUUGAUGAGUUCCUCAAGCGCAAGGACUGGGUAAGUGGUCCCCCUUUCCUUGGGGAAAGUGAGGACUAUUGGCCUGCUCUCCCUGCAGAUAUGGUGAGCAAUAAGCUGGAUGUAGAUAAUGCUGAAGUGAAAGGUAACACAGUUGCACUCAUUACUUCUGCCAAGGUGCCAGGAGGGAUUGAUCUUCUGUUUGAAAGAUUUUCCAAUUGGACCAAACUACAAAGUGUCAUGGCUUGGGUCCUUCGAUUUGCUAAUAAAAUGAAGCAUGUAACAUCUACAAGCAAGAGCUGUUGUAUUGUUUCUGGAGGUGUAAUGUCAGUUCCUCCUCUUGACUUAGAUGACCUUCAACACAGUGAAAAGGUUAUUCUGAAAAUUGUUCAAUCUUCAUGCUUUGAAAAUGAGCUUAAACUGCUAGCAGAAUCCAAAGAUGGAUUAUUGAGGGUAGGAGGCAGGCUUGUACAUAGUAAGCUUGAGUAUGAUGCAAGGCACCCAGUGAUUUUGCCCAAGGACUCCCCUGUUUCCAAACUACUCAUACAUUGGCAACAUGAGAAAUCAGCACACAGUGGUCCAAUUAUGUAUUAA